CCUGCAAGGCGCAGGGGGGAGGGGCUUGGAGUAAGGGGCUUCAGCUUCCCCUGGGUGAUGCUGUGCUGCCCACUAAAGUCUGGCAGUGUGAUGGGCUGGGGAAUGAUGUCAGUCCUUUCUCUCUCUCUCUCUCUCUCUCUCUCUCUCUCUCUCUCUCUCUCUCACCUGGAGCAGGGAGUUCUCCCCUGCUGCUGCUCAGGAAGCCCUCACAGAAGAGUGAAAAAUCUCCCUUGUGUGUCCCAGGUGUCCCUCAGAUGCCCCUGCCUCCCUCUGUGUCCUGGAUUUCUGCUGCCUGGUGGCACAGUACUCUUGUGUUUUAUCUCAGGUACCCGGCUGUGUUUCACAACUCCAAAUUCAGGAACCCAGUGUGGCACGGACCCAUGCUGAUCCUCUGGGGUAGGGUCUCACUGUGCUGUGGCCGGUGCCUGUUUGUGCCAGAAGGGCAGUCGCAUGACUGCGCAGGGCUCGGAGUUUGUGGUAAAGCGCAGCAAAAAGCCGACGCCAAGGUUUGCUGCCCUCUGUCUCUGUUCCUUUGCUUGUGAUGCUUGUGAACAGGGCAGCAUGUGGGCGCCUGGGGCUCUUUUGUCCCCUGAGAGGCUGUGCCACCUCUCCCAGAUGCACUCCAAGCAGGAAAACUGUGUCUCCCAGUGUGACCCAGGGGAUCCUCAGACCACACUGCCCACUCCUGGGCCUCCUCCCUCCUUCCCUGAAGCACCGCUAAGCCCACCAGGCCACGCCUCUGACUUCUUUGCCUUCUUUGGGUCCCCCUGCUUGUGCAACUUGCAAUGUUCGGCCCCUCUUGAUUUCCCCGUCAAUGGUUUGGGCAAAUGUUUUUCUUAUGUAGUCCCCUGGGCCCUGCUCUCUCUCUCUCCCCCUCUUUCUCUGUCUCUCAAUCUCUGUCCUCUCUCCAUGAUCAAGGCUCCCUUCCCUCUGCAGCACCUACAAUUCUUUUCUUCCCCAAAUCACAUCUCUGCACCUUCCUACCUUCCACGAUGUGGCCUCUUUUUCUCCUUGUUGCGCAGUUUGUUCUGUGAGUCCUCAGAUCAAUUUUCCUGGGUGAUUUGACAUUAUCUAGCUGUGUUUGAGGGAUGAGGCAAGCCUAGGGCCCCCCUACAGCUCCACCAUCUCACCCCCCCCCCCCCCCGCCCCGAGGCUGAGGCUUUCUCAACUCUCUUACAUAAUGAAAAGCAAGUGCAAACACCUGUUCCCAUGAAGACCCCUUCCUGGAGAAGAACCCACUGGCUGAAGGCUUCCUAUGUCCAGCUUUCACAAGAUCUGAUGAUUUGUCCUCUGGCUUUCCUGACCUUGACCCUCAUAGUCUGUAGUCUGGGCUCCCAAAUGCGAUGACUCAGUUUCCUCAUCUGCAAAAGAGGGGGAAAUAGUAGUCCAGACUCCAUAGCAUGUUGUGGGCUACGAUGAGUUAAACCGUCCUGAGUGCAGGUUACAAUUCCUGGCAUAAAGGAAACCCUCAAUACGUAUUAGCCUUAUUACUGUUUGUUGACUUGCUUUUUUUUUGUUUGUUUGUUUUGGUUUUGUUUUUUUUGUUUUCACAAAGAUGUGUCAUGUAACUACGAUGUGUCGUCCACCAGUUGUGGCUCUGGGAUCAAUGAGGGGCAAGAGAAAUAAAGUCCCAGAUAGAGUCUGCCUUCAGGGAGCUUAUAGUCUCAUGGCAGUGUUGGUGGGGAGACAGAGAAGAAUCAGGCAAAACCACUAUAAACCAAUCCAUUUACAGUGCGGCGAGUCCUUCCAGCAAAGUGAAAGAGGGCUUCUUCAUCCGGGGUUCUCUGAAUCCCCAAGGGGACAGAAGACAAGGGGUCCGUGAAAGUGGGUGGGGUAAAAAAAAAAACGCUCCAUUUUCACUCACCUCUAAAGGAAAUGCGGGAUUCCCUUCCAUGAAGAAUGAAGGGGACAAACCACAGUUGUGACAGCACAACCUGGGACUUUGUCACCAAGAGGAAUCCCGCGUAUUUCCAGAGCGUAUUACAGCCAUUGCAGAUAUGGUGAAAAAUUGCACGGAUGCCUCAUUUCUUCGAAGUAAUAAUGAUAUUAAACCAGCCGCUAGAUCUCGCUGUUGUGUGCUCGUAUAUAAUCCCACAUAUUUUAUUUUAGGUGUUAAAAACAUUCUGUGAUGAGGUCCACAGGCAUCGCUUAAAGCCAAACUGGCAUUGGUGCAGAAAGGGUUAGGAACCACUAGAAAGACGGUGCCUGGGGGAUGAUUUUUGAGAAACUGAGAAUCUGUUCUAUGCCCCGAUUUGUCCGUUUCAUGCAUGAUCUGAGGCCACUGAAGGAGGAUCCGGAUGUCGUGGUCACAGACCUCCGCUACGGGACAAUCCCUGUGAAGCUGUACCAGCCCAAAGUGUUUUCCUGCAUCCCCAGGCCUGGCAUCGUGUUCUACCACGGCGGCGGGGGGGUCCUGGGGAGCCUGAAAACCCAUCAUGUCAUAUGCUGUCAUCUGUCCAAGAAGAGUGGCUCAGUGGUCCUAUCAGUCGGAUACCGCCGCCUGCCCCAGCAUAAAUUCCCGGUGGCGGCACGAGACUGUAUUGCGGCCACCAUCCACUUCUUGAAGUCCCUGAAUGUGUAUGGGGUGGAUCCAGAUCGGGUCGUGGUCUGUGGUGACAGUGUGGGAGGGGGAAUGGCCACGAUAGUUUGUCAAAAACUUUUGGACUGUCCAGAGCUCCCCAAGAUCCGUGCUCAGAUCCUGGUCUACGCCAUCCUCCAAGCUGUGGAUUUUCAAUCCCCUUCUUUUCAGCAGAACAGGAAUAUCCCACUGCUCAAUUGGAAUUUUGCCUUCUACUGUUGGAGUUGUUACCUGGACAUCAACCCCUCCUGGAAAAGCACCAUCAUGAAAGGUGCCCAUUUGCCUGCUGAAGUCUGGGAAAAGUACAGAAAGUGGUUGGGUGCAGAAAACAUCCCGGAGAGGUUUAAGAAGAAAAGCUACCGGCCGAUGCCCCGUGAGCCCCUAAACGAGGCUGCCUACCUGGAGACAAACCUCGCUCUGGAUUUGAUGAACUCACCCCUGAUCGCAGAAGAUGAAGUCAUGUCUCAGCUCCCCGAGGCGUGCAUUGUGAGCUGUGAGUAUGACCUUCUCCGGGACCAUUCACUGUUGUUCAAGAAGCGGUUGGAGGACUUGGGAGUCCCGGUGACAUGGCACCACAUGGAGGAUGGUUUCCACGGGGUGCUUAGCACCUUUGAUAUGGGCUACUUGCAAUUCCCCUGCUCCACGAGGAUUCUAAAUGCCAUGGUCCAUUUUGUAAAUAAGUUGUGACCGUCUUUCCUUCCUGUUAGAGCUGCGGAAGUGUGUGUUCAGCCACGAUCUGGUUCCCCAAUGGGACUCUUUGUUGUGAUGUAGGCCAGGCUGAGUGGGGCUGGGGAGGGUGUCGAGGUUGCCAUGUUCUUCUUGCUUCAGCUUCUAGAACUGCAGAAUGCGUGUUUCUGAUGUCUCAAGGGAGAGCAGUAGGAGAGACAGGUUUAGGGGGAGGGUGGGACUCUGUUCAUGUUCGUGGUCAGGAAAACUUGAACUGCAGUGGCCAUUGGAGAGAGUGAAUGAUCAUGUAAGUGUUGCCUGUGGCUUCCCUGAGGGAGAGUUCAGGCUGAUGUAGGCUGUAGGUAGCACUUGGCUAGCCUUGGAAUGAAACGGGCAUCAUGUGCAAUCCAUGGGCUUUUUUCAGCCUAGCUCAGAGGAUGGGGCUCUGAUGUUCUAGACUGCUGAAUGGAGGUGGGAAACUGGUGUCACUCUCCCCCUGUGGGUACACGGUAACAUUUCUCCUGCUGUUCCUCUGCCUCUGCGCUCAGAGUUUUGACUGUCUGGGCUUGAAGAGUUAGGACAGAAUGGAUAGGUUUUCCAUAGUGGGUGGCACCUAGAGGCUGAUGAAGAUAGCCAAGAGCCAUCUGGCCAGGGAGCUCUGGAUCUCCUGGAGUCAAAGGAGCCAAAGGGCUGAAGAUGUAUUAGCAAAAACGAUUUCUAUCUGAAGACACACAACCAACUCAAAUUGGCCUAAAUCAGAGAAAGAAUGUAUUGGUUGAUGUAGCUAUGAAUUCCAAGGAUAAAUCAGGUAUGGUUUGAUCUAAGAACUCAGACGAUGCCACCAGCUGCCUUCUCUUCUCCUCUGCAUUUACUUCACCUUCACCUCUGCAUAUGGGUGGCCCUGAGCAGCUCCAUACUUACAUUCUCUAGAGUCAAGUCCGUCCUUAUAGACUUGCCUCAUUCUCAGCCAUCCCAGAAGAAACCACGUUGUAACUCAAUAGCUCUGUGGGCAUUUUGGGUGGUGUGUCCAGGUGCCACAACUAAGGGAAUGGAAUGUUGUGACUGGCCAGGCCCAAGUCCCAUACUGGCCUUGGAGUGAAGGAUGGGAUCAACUCCACCCAGUGCUUGGACUGAGCAUGAGGGAAGGAGAGAAUAUUUUCCUCAUAUCAACACUCACUCUUCUACAGUAGACAUCAAUGCUUACUCUACUGAGUGGACAUCAGUGCCAACUCUGCUGGGUGGACAUCAAUGCUUACUCUACCACAGAAGCUAAAUGAACUCUGAAUCAGAGUACUUGGAUGUGGCAAGGGAUGUCAAGGACCACUCAACAAGUUGGCCACUUGUCCGUGAGGAAUAAAAAUUCCAAUGAAGGGGCGCCUGGGUGGCUCCGUCGGUUGGGUGUCCGACUUCAGCUCAGGUCAUGAUCUCGCGGUUCAUGAGUUUGAGCCCCGCAUCAGGCUCUGUG